ACAAUUAAAAUAGUUGACAAAUGACAGUUAUUUUGUUCAAGUUUCAUUGCAAAAAUUUGCGAAUUGCGAAAGGUUUAUGUUCAGUUCAAGGCAAUAGAAAAUGUUUAUUUAACGGCCAAACAAUUUUGUUGUAAUUUAAAUUUCUAUUGGCAUUUAUAUAUUAGGCCUAAAGCGUAUUUUGUAACCAAUAAAAUAUGCUACGAAUACCGGUUCAAAGAGGUACGAUCCACCAAAAAGUUUGGACACGUUCGAAGUCUUCCAGCAGUAUUCGAAAUACAUUUAUUGAAUAUUUUGUUGAAAAACAUGCUCAUAAACGCGUCAAGUCUAGCUCCGUAGUGCCUUUGUGCGAUCCUUCGGUACCUUUCGUGAAUGCUGGCAUGAAUCAGUUCAAAGGUGUAUUCCUGGGUAAAGUAGCCCCACCAUGCAUCAGAGCAGUGAACUCACAGAAGUGCGUGAGGGUGGGAGGCAAGCACAAUGACUUGGAAGUGGUUGGUACGGAUGGACAUCACCACACAUUCUUUGAGAUGCUUGGAAACUGGUCUUUUGGUGAUUAUUAUAAGAAAGAAGCUUGUCAGAUGGCAUGGGAUCUCCUGCUGGGCCCGUACAGGCUGAAACCUGAAGAUCUUGUAGUCACAUAUUUUUCUGGAGAUGCCAUCAUUGGUCUACCAGAGGAUAGGGAAUGCAGGGACAUCUGGAAAUCUAUCGGAGUAGCACCAAGUCGACUCAAAGGCUUGGGGGCAGCGGACAAUUUUUGGGAAAUGGGCACAACAGGCCCCUGUGGACCAUGCACGGAGAUCCAUUACGUAAAUCCUGAUGGGUCACUUACUGAAAUAUGGAAUCUUGUCUUCAUACAAUGUAAUAGAGAAACAGAUGGUUCAGUGAAGCAGCUCAGUAGGCACCAUGUUGAUACCGGUAUGGGAUUGGAGCGCAUGGCCACUAUACUGCAACAGGUGCCUUCUAACUACGACACCGAUCUCUUUCAACCCAUAAUUAAGGCUAUAGAAAAGAACAGUAAAGAUGUGUCCCCAUAUACUGGCAGUUACAAAAGUGACGCGUUGUUAGACUGCGCGUACCGUCGACUGGCGGACCACGCGCGGAUGAUCAGCGUUUGUUUAGCGGAUGGCGUGUUUCCAGCUUCUAGUCUUAAUCUAAAACAAAUAAUGCGUAAAUCGUUCAAAAUAUCGACGGACAUAUUUAAAAAUUCUAAUUUACUACCACUUUUAUAUGACGAAGUGGUCCAAACCCUGGGUUCCACGUACCCUGAGUUGGUCAGCAAAGCGCCAAAUGCGAAGGUCAUCAUGGAGCACGAAGGGCAAGCUUAUGCCAAGAUGAGGGCUGGGCUGGUGAAGAAAUGGAAGGAAUUGGUGGUAGUGUACCCUGAGGUGGAAGCCAUGGGAGAUGUGGAAAUGGCUGGAUUCCCAUUGGGGUAUAGGGAGUUUAAAGAGACAAUGUCCAAGCACAAUUCAACCAUAGUACCUGGAGAAUUAGUGUUCAAAUUGUAUGACACGCAUGGCUUCCAAGAAGACAUCAUACAACGAAUCGCUGAUCUCAAUAACUUAUCUAUAGACAAGGAGGGUUUCUGGAAACUUUUGUCAAAGCACAAACAAAGGCACAAAACGUCAUUCAAAGAGCAGAACUCCAACAAAGGUCUUCUUUUUGACGAAAGCAUAGACAACUUCCUCAAAAAUGGUUAUAAAAGCACAGACGAUUCACACAAAUAUAAUUACGAAGUCAUAGGUAAUAGAUUAGAGUUCCCUCCUUUGCGGACAAAAUUAAUAGCAAUACUAAACGAACAAUGCGAAUGGAUAGACUAUUUAGACGCGUGCGAACAUAAACCUUAUUAUUUAGUGACAGAAAAAUCAAAUUUCUACUGCGAGGAAGGCGGUCAGGCCGCAGACAGUGGUACUGUACAAAUAAAUGACAGUUUAUCUAUGAAAGUGGAAAGUGUGUUCAAAAUUCGCGAUUUUAUUUUCCAUAAAGGACAUAUUGUGAUUGAAAAUAGUGAAAAAACAUAUUUGAAAUGCGGUGAUAAUGUGACUUGUGUUAUUGACAGUGAAAAAAGGUUUAACACCAUGCUCAAUCAUACCGGUAUUCAUUUAUUAAAUGCAGCUAUAAGACAGGUGUUGCCGAAUAGCGUGGUGUGUCAAACGGGAUCAAGUGUUACGGACAAAGGGUUUAGUUUAAAUCUAUCGGUUUAUGGCGAGAAGUUGUCGCAGAAGGUCGUGCUGGAUGCGCAGGAGUUGGUUAGAGAAUCAAUAAGAACCAACGCGCCAGUGGAGACGCGAGUGAUCGACAGCGUCCAGCUGUCCAGGGAGGAUUCUGUGGUAACCGUGCCAGGGGAAACGUACCCUGAAACAGGGCUCAGGCUGGUCACAGUUCAACCGCCACUGGUGUCAAAGGAGCUGUGUUGCGGCACGCAUGCGCCUCGCGCGGGGCUGCUGCAGGACUUGUGCGUCACGCUGGUCAAGGGCGCCGGCGGGCACGCGCCUACCGUACACGCCAUCACCAAUGAGAGGGCAUUGCAGGCGCAAGAACUAUUCUCGCGAGCCCGGAAACUGGAAGAAAUAAUCGAGCUGGUGGAACCGGAGAGGCGGAAAGAAGAGGUGGCCAAUAUCAAGAGGUCUCUAACGGACCUGUGCGGCAGCUCCGGGGCGCCACACGGGGAGUACGCGCAGUGCCUCGCCAUGCUGGACACACUACACAAGAGGCCCGUGGAAAUGAACGACACAGCGCUGCACGCAAUAGCAGAGACAGAGAUCCGCGAGGCGGUCCACCAAGCAGAACGCGAGGGGCGACGCUUCGCGGUACACUUCGUGCGCUGCUCCUACCUCAUGCAGGCGGAGGGCGUGGCGCGGGCGAUCAAGACGUCCGCUAGCGAUGCGCCGGCGCUGCCCGCCAUGUUGCUGGGCUGUGCCGGCGGGGUGAUACUGGCCGCUUGCACUGUGCCGCAGGAGGUGGUGUCGUCGUCGUUCUCCGCGGCCGCGUGGCUGCGCUGCGUGGCGCGCGUGUUCGACGCGGACGUGCUGGCCGCCGCGCCGGGCGCCGCGCCGGAGGAGCCGCUCACGUACGCACAGAUGAGCGCCACCAAGGUGAGCCUGAUAAACUGCGAACAGCUAGUCCAAGACGCGAUGCGUGUGGCGAUCAAGUUUGCGCAAUCGCACGUCCACAAAAGUGACGGGGAAAGCAAGAAGAACCGGCAGCAAAACUAACACUAAAAAAAUACGUUACAGAGAAUUUCGCACCAUUUAUAGAUUGGUAAAACUGGAUAAAAUGGAAAAACUUGCAUAUAAUACAAACAAACUGCACGUAUUUAUCCCAGAAUUAUUUAUCCUUAGGGGUAUCGGUGCAACCAGGGCCCCUACUUUUCGCCAAGUGUGUUCCGUCUCAUGAUGUGAUGGGGGCGAGGCUAUCGCCAUAUCGGGAACAAAUUCCCGAUUCCGGCCUCAUACUGAGUAGAAAAUCCACAGAUCACUGCCCCACUCGGCAUUCGGACCCAGGUCCUCAGAACGCCGCCAUACCGCGCAUGCAGUACAACUACGUCACUGAGGCAGUCUUAAAACUUGUAUAUUUGAGUGAUUUUUCAUCCCAAUACGAUAGUUACUGGCGCCUUUGAUAAGUUCUGAAUGGUCGUGAAAUACUACGUAAUAACGCCAGUAAGUCUAGUUCUCAGUAGAAUUACGUCUGGCCAUAAGGGUAUCAUCAGUAAAUACUGACCAUUGGUGUCGGCAUCGUCACAACAUUUGGUUGUUAUAUAAUCAGUAGCAUCUCAGAUGUCAUGAAAUAGAUGCCUAUACAAUAAUUUUGAUAAGAAUUUAUUGUUUAGUUUUGUGAAUUCUGAGUUUGAGACACUGUCAGCACUAAUUAUUAUAUGUGUCAAAAGGAGUUAGUUUGAAAAAACCUUGAUAAUGAUUUCAGAACGAAAUUAUUUAGAUAAACUAUUGAAAACUUUGGUUGGUAUAUUGCUGUUUAAAUUAUACAUAUAAUAUACAAAUUGAAUAUUCUAUUGAAUUGAUUUAUCUGAUAGAUUCAUUUUGUGUGUUUUGUUAAACUUUAAUCUUCAUGUAAAUAAUGUUGGUUGUAUUUAUUUUUAUAAAUAAAAUAUUAAAGUGA